AUGCCAAACAGCAAUACAUCGCCGUCGACGUAUACGACCAUGAUGCGCGUCACCUCGAGUGGCCGACCGUAUGCCAAAGACAUGUUUGACCUAUGGUCAGCCUUUUUAAUUCAGAUUCCUCUUACCGAUCAUCGCUCCUUCUUCCGCACUUAUCCUUCUACUUUCACCACUGAAGAAGCCGUCAAAGUCCUUGGCGAUCUCAAGUUCACUCACGUCGUUCGUACAGUUGAUCCCAACGAUCCAACUCGUCAUGUCGCAACACGCACUACAACCACAUUCAGCAUGUCACCCAACAUGGCAAAGACCUUGGGCACCUACAUUGUCAAUGCUCGUUUGUGCGAGGAUGCUGUCAACCCACAGAACCGUACCAUGAAGGAUAAGGGUAUAUGGCGUCCCACUCCCAAGGGCAAGUUUCUAGCACAAGAAUUCGCUCAACGUGCCUAUGUAUCCAUGAGCCAUAUGCAUGAUCCCUUGUCGCGUAUUGGCAACUUCAAGAUAUUCUCAUUGGAAAGGUUACGUGUGGAUGAUCGCCUUUCUUUUAGUCGUGUCAACUUGACGAAUGCAUUCAAGACGAUGAUGGCAUGGUUACCGACCGAACGAUUGAUUGCAGAUGAUCAUGCGACAAAUGUCAAAAAGAGAAAUGCCAACGACUUUCAACACACCUUUUAUGGAUAUCAAUGCUUUGAAUGGCUAUGCGAAUAUACAACAACAGCAUCACCUGAAGAAGCACAAGCGAUUGCAGCAGAGUUCGUGUUAUAUGGAUGGAUUUGUGAGAUCACCGACAAACCCGAGUUGCCUUCGGAUGAUCCCGAUGCACCGCCUUCUUUCAGAAUGACACAAAGCACACUUUAUUAUGUUACUGAACGCGGCCAAAAGGUGCUAGAAUGGAAUACGGCUUCAAUGGAUGAAAAGGCUAGCUCUGUUGCUUCAAGCAGUGAUCAAUCUGUCAGUGACAAAUCGGAACUUGUGCAAAUGCAACAAUCACACGCAAAUCGCUUGCUGCCUACUGAAAAGCACGCCAAUCCAACAGGGGUCGUCAAGGCUACGAUUGCUGAACAGAAAGAAAAGGAGCAAAAGCAACAACAACAGCAAAAGCAACAACAACAGCAAAAGCAACAACAACAGCAAAAGCAACAACAACAACAACAACAGCUAUCUCAAUCCACAUCAUCAUCCACCCAAACACCAUCGUCGGGGAGUAGCACCGGUGAAAAUGGUAGUAACAGCAACAACAACAACGCACCCUUGGUACUCAAUGCUAAGGACCGCAAAUAUGAUUUCGGAUUUUCGACUGAUUCGGUAUCGGACGAAAGUGUGGGCAACAGCAGCGAUGUAAACAAUGACGACGACGAAUUGGAUGAGACCACACGCAAGUUGUUACGACUACGUGCUAAGGGCGGUGGUUCGGAUGAUGGCAGUAUCAGUGCUAGGAGCAGCAAUGACAAUGAGCAUCAAGAACAAGAGGAUUUAUUAUCAUUGGGAGCACACAAUCAACCGAAGGAUAUGCAAUGGAUUCGAUUACGACAACUCUUACAGAAUCGCUUGCUUCGAAUUCAUUUCCGUGAAUAUUUGAAGUCCACGUUUUGUGAAGAAAAUGUCAACUAUUGGUUGGAUUAUCAAGGAUUGCGAAAGAGGAAUCGAGAAGGUGGAAGCAACAAAGAAUUGGGGAUUGAAUGCUAUCGGAUCUAUGAUCGAUUUCUUGCAUCCACGGCUGAAGAAGAGGUCAACAUUGAUCAUGCUUUACACCAAGAAAUCAUCCAUCUUGUCAAGAACAAUUUCAAGGUGUCGGCUGGUCCGGCAACAACCGAUCUCCCUUUCUCCUCGGGUGCUGUGCAGCAGAUUGCAUCGGCGACCAAGAUACAUGUUGUGCACGAGGAGGUGACACUGGCGAAACUAUUGCAUUUGUAUGGCCGCGUCAAUGAUCAUGUUUGCCGCACCAUGGCCCAGGACUCGGUACCACGCUUUGCAAAGACUCAACGAUAUCGCGAAUUACUUGCUGAAGGCAAGAUCCAAGAGUAG